AUAAUAUCGCUUUUAAGCGAAGUGAUCCCUUUUUUGCUCGCAUGUCUUAUCCCAGACGGAACCACGCCAGCAGUAGUGGCGUCUAUUCUUAUCCCCCCAACGCUUUCUAUACCCGCAACUCGAUUAUUACCCUUCCACCUCCCGCUGACUUCCCAGGCGGCAACCGCAACAGCAACCUCAUCUAUUCUUCCUCUCAUUCAAUUGCUAGUCCCCAAACCACACUGCUUGGUCCGACACGACCUUCUGGAUACCCUUUGGCUCUUGAUUCGCACCCUUCGUCUCAUCACCGUCCUACCUUGGGCGAGAGGGCUCCCAAACCCUUAUACACUCCACCACAGCCCGCUCAUCACCCCCAGAGUGUGGGCUUCCAUGGUUAUCGUUCGGCAGAUACCAUUGAGCCGACCCAUACCGUCCUUGACUCACGUUUCCACCAUGCAAGCGAGCGAGACAUACCCCAGCACCCGUGGGCUACCUCCGAGACAAGUACAGAUCUCACCGUUCAACCUCAUUACGCACCCGUGCCCACUCUGAAUAGAGUGGACCAACCUCAGAUUCCUACCAUGAUUGCCGAUCUGUGGAAAUCUACCUCGGACGAAUCGUAUAAUCUUCCCGUUACCACCGAGUCUUCGAUCCCUAUACAAUACAGCUCCCCUUUACAGCCUCGUUUCUCUACAAACCUUUCUGCCAGCAGGCAUCGGCUUUCUAGGGAAUUUGACCUGCGCACGAGGCUGCAGACACACCCUGAACAUAACGCCCCAUUAAUCUCUGCUCCGAGCUUCGAAGCGUCCGCCGAGGAUGUUUACGGGCCUUCAUACGAUCCCAUAAUCCCACCACUACAGAGAACUCAACUCGAACCAGAUACAUUUCGAGCAGAUUCCGGUUUCUCAACGACAUCAUUUUCACCUCGACGUAUUGCCCCUCCCCCAUCUGAACCCUCCACACAGUCUUCACACACUUCGCCUCAAAACCCUCCUCAAUCGUCCCGUGUCGCUAUAUCAAACCCUCACCCUCAAUGGGCUAUGUGGGUAGGAAAUGUCCCGGCAGAUGCCUCGCAAGAGGAGCUGUUCCAUUUUUUCAAUCAAUCGCACCAGCAUUCACCGCCAGAGCAAGACCAUGACCUUUCGACAUUGGCACCGAGCCAGAGCUCCAUCCCAGGGGGCGUCACGUCCGUCUUCCUCAUCAGCCAUUCGAACUGCGCCUUCGUCAAUUUUGAGUCGCAGCUCCAGCUCGAAUCCGCUGCAACGACGUUCAACGGCCGUCGAUUGCGCGGUACCCAUUCCACGGGCCCUCGUUUGGUAUGCCGCGCUUGUAAGCCGGAAGAGUAUGGUGAUGGUCAUGCGGGUGUGAGGAGGCAAAGACGAUCCGGUGUACAUGUCAAGUGGGUCCGAGAUCGACGGAAUCAGGGUGAGCAGCCCCAAGCUCCCCCCGUCUUGGGAGGGAAGGGCGGUUCAGGGCAAGGGCUGUCGACAUCGCGACCGAUUACCGUGGAGGAUAUUUCCUUGCAGUUACGAUCUCUUUCUCAAGUCGCGAAUGCCCAGACCAGAGCUCCUAAGCAAGACGACGUCUCGUCGAUCCCAGGCUCGCCCACGAGCACCACGUCCGGUCUUCUAUCCACGUAUUUUCCUCAGCGAUAUUUCAUCCUCAAAUCAUUGUCCCAGAGCGAUCUUGGCCAGAGCGUACGAACGGGUCUAUGGGUCACUCAACCCCAUAACGAGGAUAUCCUCAACGGCGCGUACCGCACAAGCCGGGACGUUUUCCUCAUCUUCGGCGUCAACAGAAGCGGAGAGUUCUACGGUUACGUCAGAAUGGCCGGGCUCAUUGAAUCAUCAACACCAACGCCUUCCGCUGGCUCUUCCUCGGAAACACACGUAUCAGACGAGGCCGCCGUCACUCAUUUACUCCCCUCUCCUCGCUAUAGAAUCAUUUCGCCAGAGGGUGUCUUCAAUGACGAGCGUGACGAGCAGGAGAGCAUACGACGUCAUCACAACGUCAGUAGCCGUCAGCCGUCGUCUUACAGCGACGAACGUAACACGCAGAAACUAGCCGACUUUGGACCAUCGCAUCAGCUGGUGUCCCCAAUGGAAGCCCUCUCGGGCCACACGAGACCACCUACGUCAAAUUGGACUAGCCACAACGCAUCAUCCCAACACGAUCUUAGACUUGGACCUCAUCGUCCGUACACGGAACCCACUCAGGAAGGUGACACCAGAGAAAGAGACGACGUUCCUCACCACACCGACACGAAAGUCCUCGGUAGACCCUUCAAGGUAGAGUGGAUCAAGAUAGACCGGCUUCCGUUUCUUCGCACACGACAUCUUCGCAAUGCUUGGAAUCACGAUCGACAGAUUAAAGUGGCGAGGGAUGGGACGGAGCUGGAUCCUGACGUCGCCCAUCAGCUAUUCGAGGAGUGGGACAAGCCACCAGCCUCUACGACCCCUUCGAAGAAAACUCCACGGUCAAAUACGAAACACCGUGCGGUUCAAAGUGCGCGCCACUAGCGUCCUCCUUCGCAUGUGCGUAGCCCUUUUCACCCACUCCGCUGAAGGCAGUAUUGGGCUGUAAUUGUAUUUGUAACACGAGGACAUACGGGCUAGAUGGACUGGAAGAUAUACGCUUUCCAGGUUAUUAUCUGGGCUCAAACUGUAGUGAUGUUACUGUAGCUCUUCUUCGUCCCGAUAUCAUCGGGCGUGUACUUACUAGAUACUGUAACCGUUAGCGAGUCGUAUGAGCAGGCAAUUGGGGGCGAGCAAACUCAGCAAGUUGGCACAAUAGUGACGAGAAUGUACUUACACCUAAUCAGAAGCUACCGAUGUUUCUUC